AUGACACAGACUCGCAACAUUGUUAUCCUCGGCACGUCGUUUGGCGGACUCGGUGCAGCGCAUUAUCUAGCAAAACAUGUAUUGCCGCAACUCGCCAAAAGUCAAGACACCAAAUACGUACUACAUCUGAUCGAUCCUUCAACCCGAUUCUGGUGGCACAUCGCCGCGCCGAGGCAAAUAGUAUCGCUGGAGCAGCUCACCAUUGAGUCGAGUUUCGUACCAAUCAUGGACGGCUUCAAGCAGUACGGAAGUCUCCUGGAUUCUAUCAAGUUUCACCACGGCUCAGCGACAUCAAUGAACAAGGACUCUCGGACUGUCACAAUAUCGCUCCAUGAAGGUGGCUCCGAGAGCUUGGACUACUAUGCAUUGGUCAUAUCGACUGGCAUCCGCUCGCCUACGCCCUUGACGACGUUUCAUGGAGACUACACCAUCUCAGAGAAGGCCAUCAAAGAUAUGAACGCGAAGCUAAGCACAGCAAAAGAUGUGGUCAUCAGCGGAGGGGGCCCUGUCGGCGUUGAGAUGGCCGGUGAGAUCGCGAUGCACCUCAAGGGAAAGGCAAAGGUGACGCUAUAUUCGGGAUCGGACAAGAUCCUGCCUGUCUUCAAGCAAAGCCGCGCCGCCAAGGCACAGAUGCUUCUAGAGAAGGCAGGUGUGACUGUCAUCCACAACGUCAAGAUCACUGGCAGUGGGCAGGCCGGCGAUGGCAGGACUGAAAUCUCCCUCAGUAAUGGAAAGGCCGUCCAUGCGGAUGUGUACAUCCCUUGCCACGGUGUCACUCCCAACGCCGACUUCGUGCCAGCAGAGCUGAAGGGCGGAAAUGGCUAUGUCCAGACCGAUCCAUCAACACUGCGGGUAGACGCAGCUGGGCCACGUGUGUACGCGGCCGGCGACGUUGCUGGUGUCGACAAGGGCGGUGUCUUGAAUAUGUACAACUCUUUACCGGUACUCAACGCAAACAUUGCACACGAUUUGCUGGCAGAGGCAAAGCUGGGUAGUGUCGCGGAAAAGAAGUACACGUUCAAACCGUCUGAGACGCAGUUGGUGCCAGUCGGCCCAAAGACUGGAGUUGCUGCCUUCAACGGCUGGGGAAUGCCAGGGUUUUUGGUUGGACUGAUCAAGGGCAAAGACUACAUGCUCUCGCAGAUGGAGAACUUUACCGAGGGAAAGAAGUUUUUGAAACCCUGA